CCACCACCCCCAGCGACAGCCAGCCAUGCCUCGCUUCGCAGAGAAGGACGAGACCAUCCCGGCGCAGCAGGUCGAGUACGCCGACGCUGAGGCGGGCGCCGGUCACUACGACGGCGCGUCGCUCGCCAACUACACGACGACCAACACCGAGAAGGCGGGCUCGUCCAAGUAUGCCGACUCGACCAUCGGCCUCGAGCACGUCAAGGCCGCCAAGGUUAGCGAGCGCAAGCUCGUGAGGAAGCUCGACGCCGUCAUCCUUCCCCUCGCCGUCCUGCUCUACCUCUCGGCCUACCUCGACCGCGGUAACCUGGGCAACAGCAAGAUCAUGGGUAUCGAGGAGAAGGUCCUCAAGGGCGUCGACGUCCGCUACUCAAUCGCGCUCUCCUGUUUCUUCAUCACCUACAUCAUCCUCUCCGUCCCCGGCACUCUCCUCGCCAAGCAGUUCCUCCCGUCUACCACCAUCGCUUGUGGCGCCCUGAUAUGGUCGGUCGCUGCUACGUGCCAGGCCGCUGUCACCAACCCGGCUGGCCUUUACGUCUGCCGCCUCUUCGUCGGCGUUGGCGAGGCCUGCUUUGGCCAGGCGAUGGCUCUUUACUUCACCAUGUGGUACACGCGCAAGGAGCUCUCGAAGCGCAUCGGGCUGUUCAUCAGCGCCGGCGCGCUCGCCGGCGCUUUCUCGGGCCUCAUCUCGUACGGCGUCGCCAAGAUCAAGACGGAGAAGCUCGAGCAGUACACGAUCCUGUUCCUCAUCGAGGGCCUCCCGUCGUUCAUCCUCGCCGUCGUCGUCUACUUCUGCCUCCCGUCCCGCCCGGAGCAGAGCAAGUACCUCAACGAGGAGGAGCGCACGAUCGCCUGCACGCGCCUCAACGCCGACCAGCAGGGCGGCGAGGUCCCGGGUAUCGACUGGAGGGCCGUCCGUUACACGCUCGUCAACUGGCGCACCUACGUCGUCGCUGUCGCCUACUCGGCCAUGAACCUCGGCCUCGGCUCGGUCUCUGGCUUCCUCCCGACCAUCGUCAAGGGUCUUGGCUACUCGAACGCCGACGCUCAGCUCUACACCGUCCCGCCGUACGCCGUCGCCCUCGUCGUCAUGCUCAUGUUCUGCACCUACUCGGACCGUUAUCAGACGCGCGGCAUCCCCGUCAUGUGCGUGUUCGCGAUCGGCAUCGUCGGCUGGUCGCUCCUGCUCGCCGUCGACCCGGUCAAGGCGACCGCCUCGGAGCUCCACGUCCGCUACUUUGCCGUCUUCUGCGUCGUCUCGGCCGCCUACUCGGCCAUCCCUCUCAUCAUGUCGUGGCAGGCGGGCAACUCGGCGUGCGAGACUCAGAAGGCCGUCUCGCUCGGCAUGCUCAACUCGGUCGGCCAGUGCCUCUCGAUCCUCGCGUCGUUCCUCUUCCCCAAGUCCAAGGGUCCGCGCUACAUCAAGGGCGCCUCGCUCAACAUCGCCUUCCAGGCGCUCGGCCUCUUCAUCGCCCUCGGCAUGACCCUGUACUACCGCGCCGAGAACAAGCGCCGCGACCGCGUCGAGGGCGGCCGCCUCCCCAAGGGCAUGAAGCCCGAGAACAUGAUGGUCGACUACGACCUCGCGGUCGGCUUCCGCUACACUCCCUAAGUGGCCGACCGUCGCGCAGGUCGCCUUGGUCGUCCCGGCGUCGUCUCGGUCGGUUCGGCGUCUCCUCGAGGGUCUUCCUCAGCAGGAGCGACGUCGCUGUACCCGUGGUCGUCGUCGGUUCAUGUCGAGGAGGGUUCGUCGGGCUCUGUGGGUCUUGGUUGUUGCGGCACGGUCCGCCUUUCGUCUGUGUAUGCCCCUUGUGUUGAAUCAAAGUCCUCUCUCUCUCA